AAUUAUGCUUUAGCCACCAAGUAUUGUAUUGUAUACCAAUUCAAUAAGCGCUUACUUCAAACAUGGAAUCAAAAGUCCGAAUAGUUUUCCAUUUUUCAGCAUUUUUGCUGUACACUUUUUCAGUCUUCUACAAUGUGGAGGUUCCAAAGCCAAAUUCUGUGAAAUUCGCAGGAAGGUUUAAGUACCUGACCUACUGGAAUCUGAUUCUUCAGACAGUUUUCUUUGGCCUGUGCGUCCUCAAUAAUAUCUUCGGCACAACGUAUGGACCGAAAGACACGCGACCGAGAUCGUCUUUACAAAAAGCUGUCGAUAGAUUUUAUGCCGCCAUUGCGUGGCCAUUGGGUACAUUUGUCGUGGUAACGUUCUGGGGAAUUUUUGCCGUAAACCGCGAUCUCGUCUACCCAAAACGUUUGGAUGAAUUCAUUCCAGUAUGGAUGAACCACUUAAUGCACACGACCGUCCUGCCUAUUCUACUUGUCGAGAACUACCUCGUCCAUCAUGAAUUCCCGCAGAGAAAAAAUGGUGCGAUUGGGACGAUGGGUCUGGCAUCUAUUUAUGUUGCAUGGAUCCAUUUGAUAGCAUACAUCAGCGGCCACUGGGUCUACCCUAUCUUGGCCAUUUUGGGGUGGAUGCAGCGUACCUGCUUCAUUGCCGCGCUCCUAGCACUCUUUGCUGGUUUCUAUAUACUUGGAGAAAAGGUGCAUGAGUACACAUGGAAACCAGCUCCAAGAAAGCCCGUGAAGAGAUCCAUGAAAGCCCAUUGACAAGAGGAUACAAGUGUAGAUGUUUAGGACAAAUUUGUUGGAUUAGAUGAAUUUUGGACUUGCAACUAUCUUGGAUAAGAUGAAUUUUGGACUUGCAGCUGUCUUGGAUUAGAUGAAUUUUGGACUUGCAACUGCAUAAUUUAGAAAACAAGAUUUUCAUUGUAAAACACUAGCCUAUUGUUGUUCUCAGGGUUGAUUAUCUCUUUCAAUCCACUAUCCACAUUCCACUUGUCAAUCUUAUUCAAUGUUCAGGGGCGGGUCCAGAGCUUUGAGGCCAGAGAAAAUCAUUAAUGGAGAUGUCGUUUUUUUUAAUCACGGCACCACAUAUCCCCAGAAAGAGCAAGAAUAUUACAUUUAAAUGGCAAUUUAAAGUAUCUUUUGAUGUGAGGACGUCAAGGAUUUGAAGACGUAACUUUUUAGUUACAGACGACAUCGUCUAUAGUGCAUGUGUCAAUUUUUUCUACGUUUUCACUUUUACUCUCCAAAAUGCCGAAUUUUUGGUGAAAAGUUAUAGAUGAAAUUUUUUUUGAUAGAUUUUCUGAUCAUGUAUUGAAUGUUAACUUUACAGUAUUCAAAAUUAUAUGCAUACUCUAUGAACUCAGAAAUAUUUAUGUGCUUUUUAUUUUUGGGUUUUUCACAUUUAUAUACAGAUGUUGCGAAAAAUUUAUGGUCAUAAAAAGGAAAUCUAAGUAAAAUUACUGCAAUGAAGUUGUCAAAUAUUGAAAUUAAUGUUUGCAAAACUGGGCAAUAAAAUGGCUUCGAAUAUUUCUGAGUUUAAAGUAUAAGAGCACAAAUCUCUUUGUAUUCAAUUUUGUCAAAUUGUUUAACUGUUGUGUACAUGUACACGUCUAUGUUCUUAUAACAUGCAGGUUAUAAUAUAAGGCCAAUGACAUUCAAUUUCGUGGUUCUUGUCCGCCACUUUCACGAAAUUGAUGAGGGUUUCCUUCAACUUUCAUCAUCAGUAAGACAACAAGGGUCAUGUUGGGUUCACCUAGGCCCUAAAUUGAAGAAACAGGAAGUAAGGGGUAUAUUAUCUUAACACAAACAUGAAUAUGCGUAUUGCUGGAAAAGAAUAUUUUAGAUACUUUUGCUUUUGCUUGCGUAGAAUGGAGGACGGUUGGAUGAUCAAAGUGACCACUGAUCUUUGGAAAUAUCGCACAAACUAGAACUUGUUUGGAAAAAUUUUAGGAAGCCUGCAUGUGCCAUCUUUUAGGUGUUUAUCAAUAAAUAUGUUUUAUAAAGA